AUGAAGCUGUCCGCGGUUCUCCUAGGCCUGCUCGGCCUCGCAGCCGGUGCUUCGGUUCGAAACUACGAGACGAACGACUACUAUGUUCUCGAGCUGGAUUCGUCUACAUCUCCUGGUCAAGUCGCUGAUCGCCUGGGUUUGCGCCACGAGGGCUCGCUCGGCAGUCUCGACGGCCAUCACAUCUUCUCCACGAGAAAGGAGCCGCACGAUAUCGUCAAGCCUGCCUUGCAGGAACGGAGGUUGAGGAGGCGAGGAUUGGGCGGUUCUGAUCCUCUCGAUGGCGUCCGCCUGGCGCAAAAGCAGCAGCUUCGCCAGCCCUGGCAGAAGAGAGUGCCUCCUCGCCUACACGGCCCGAAGAACUUCGCUCGCCAGGAGACGGCGGAUCCCGGCAUGGUUCAACAGAUGAACAAGAUCAUGCAGUCCCUGAACAUCGCCGACCCCAUCUUCAACGAGCAGUGGCAUCUGCUCAACACCGUCCAGCCAGGACACGACAUCAACGUCACCGGUGUCUGGCAGAUGGGUAUCACGGGCAAGAACGCGACUGUCGCCAUUGUGGAUGACGGCCUCGAUAUGUACAGCGACGACCUGAAGCCCAACUACUACGCCGCCGGUUCCUACGACUUCAACGACCACCGCGAAGAGCCGAAGCCCACGCUGAGCGAUGACAAGCACGGCACUCGCUGCGCCGGUGAAGUAUCGGCCGCGAGGAACAACGUCUGCGGCGUUGGUGUCGCCUACGAAUCCAAAAUCGCCGGUAUUCGCAUUCUGAGCAAGCUCAUCUCGGACGCCGACGAAGCUGUCGCCAUGACCUACGACUACCAGCACAACGACAUCUACUCCUGCUCCUGGGGACCCCCUGACGAUGGACGGUCGAUGGACGCGCCCGGCAUUCUGAUCAAGCGUGCGAUGCUCAAGGGAAUCCAGCAAGGCCGUGGCGGAAAGGGAUCCAUCUACGUUUUUGCCAGUGGAAACGGUGCCGCCAAUGAUGAUAACUGCAACUUUGACGGCUACACGAAUUCCAUUUACAGCAUCACCGUGGGCGCUAUCGACAGGAAGGGUCAACACCCUUACUACUCGGAGAAGUGCUCUGCUCAGCUCGUUGUCACAUACAGCAGUGGCAGCGGAGAUGCCAUUCACACCACUGAUGUUGGCACGAAUGCUUGCUACAACGGCCAUGGAGGAACGUCUGCUGCCGCCCCGCUGGGUGCCGGCGUCUACGCCCUGGUUCUCGAAGCCCGCCCUGACCUGACCUGGAGAGACAUGCAGUGGCUCGCUAUGAACACCGCCGUACCUAUCGACGAGAAGGACGGAGAAUGGCAGCCGACAAAGAUCGGAAAGAAGUUCAGUCACACAUACGGAUACGGCAAGAUUGACGCCUGGGCCAUGGUCGAGAAGGCCAAGACAUGGAAGAACGUCAAGCCGCAGGCGUGGUACUACUCCCCGUGGGUCCACGUCAACAAGGCUAUUCCCCAGGGCAAGGAUGGUGUUGCGGUCAAUCUUGAGGUUACUGCCGAAGCUCUCAAGGAGGCCAACCUCGAGAGAGUGGAGCAUGUGACGGUCACUAUGAACGUGAACCACACCCGCCGCGGUGAUUUGAGUGCCGAACUGAUCAGUCCCGAAGGCGUCACCAGCCAUCUGUCCGUUACUCGCAAGAUGGACUCGGCCCGUUCCGGAUAUGUUGACUGGACGUUUAUGAGUGUUGCGCAUUGGGGCGAGUCUGGCAUUGGAAAGUGGACUGUCAUUGUCAAGGACUCCCAAGAGAACGAGCACCAGGGUACUUUCGUCGACUGGCACCUCAAGCUCUGGGGUGAGUCCAUCGACGCAAGCAAGGCCAAGCUUCUCCCCAUGCCUACCGAGGAAGACGACAACGAUCACGCCUUGGUCGCCACGACAACGCUGCCUGCUGCCACCACUUCAAUCACCCACCCGGCGCCGGCCACGGACAAGCCAGUCGUCCCCUCGGAUCACCCUAACCGCCCUACGAAGGUGCAGGGUGGAACACCAGCGGAGACGGGAGCGCCAACGGGCACCGAAGAUGCUGCGGCAAGCACUACCAGCCCUUCGAACUGGGUCUCGUGGUUGCCCUCGUUCGGCAAGGCCGGCGUCUGGGUUUACGGCGCGAUCGGUCUCAUUGCUGUCUUUUGCUCUGCUCUCGGCAUCUGGUUCUACAUCAGGAAGCGUCGCAACAGCGCGCCUCGCGACAACUACGAAUUCGAGCUCCUUAACGAGGACGAGACGGAAGGCCUGAACGGCGAGAAGCGCACCCGCGGCCGCGAGUUGUACGAUGCAUUUGCAGGAGACGACGAGGAUGAUGAUGAUGACAGCAGCGAGUACCAUGACAGGGAUCGCGAGCGUUCAAGAGAUGGCAGGGGUAACGGGGAGACGGACAGGUUGACUGAAAAAUAG